UCAAUUUAUUUAAAAAGAAACACGUUAAGUUUCACCCAUAGACUUACAAUAAUACGUGCGGUCUUUACCAUUUUUUAUUUGGUUUUGUUUUCCUAUCUAUAGGAAAGACAAAAGGACAGAGUCUAUGCAGCAGUUGUCUUUAAGUGAUUUCUAUUAUGAAACUUUUUUUUCAGUCAGUACAUGUUUGACUGUCAAUUACCUGAAAUGUCAAACUUGCCAAAUUAAAUGUUAUUAUUAAACUGACAAAUUCAUGUAACUGGAAGCAUCUGAAAUGUAUCAAAAAGAAAAAAAUAAACCAAAAUCUCCUCCGUAUAAGCGAGGUAGACCAAUAGCUGGGAUAUUACAUUUUAUACAGCCAAGACAAGAUAACCAAACAAUAGCAAAUUCAAUUGAACUUCAGACAGUGAAGGAGGACUUCAAGGCAGAUUUAAUUGAGAGUGCUGUAGACCGUGAUGAGAGAGAUGAAGCUUUCAAAUCUGAAAUAGAAAGAUUUAUAGAAAUAUCAAAGUACUUUUCAAGUCCUUUGCGCAAAACAGCUUCGUACAUAUGCGAAAAUCGGCUUGUCUCAUAUCCCAAUCCAUACAGAAUUCAAUAUAAACGAGGUGGCAUCAUUGCACAGAGUAUAAAAUUCUGUAAUCUCAUAUUAGAACCCGUAUAUAUCAAGUUAUACAAGUUGGUGCCAGAUUUAGAACAACUUAAAUAUACUAAUUUGUCACUGUCUCGAAGCAAAAGAAUACCACCAGGUCUGUCGUUCAACUUGGGAUUCGUUUACGACGAUGUCAAUGAGAGGCCAUCGUGCUACACCAAGAUGAUAUUUGUUGCGUCCAGAAAAACUACUACACCGUGUUAUCAAAUAUGUGAAAUAGAUUUGCAAAUUGAUGCUCAGAAACUCCGAUGGGUUACGAUUUGAAUGUAAAUUAUUCAUGCAUUAAUUCUUUGAACAUAGUGCAAAUUGCAUCUGUGUGCUAAGUGUGUACGUACGAGUAUAUCUAGGAAUUAUGAAGCAAUUUAUA